UAGCCAAGACAAUCCACGGUCAACGCUAGUCGCGCGCUCCACAAGUGUCCGCGUCUUUCGAAGUAUGAAGUUUCGCGGACGAAUAGUUGACGUUGUCUGCAUUCAGCAGUUUUCAAAAAUCGUUCACACCGUUUCUAAACUAGCUAAGGAUGUCACCUUGCGCAUUACUACUGACUGCAUCUAUUUCAUUCUAAAUGAAGACGCUGUGAGCGGCGGUGGGUGGCUGUGGGCUGACAUACCGCAGGAAACUCUGUUUCAGGAGUACAACAUGCAGGGUGUUUCAGAAGAAUUCAACGAGAUAUAUCUCGACAUUGUUGCUGAUCACAUUGUGAAAGCACUCAAAUCAGCAGCAGCAGCAAAGUCGCUAAAAGUAAAGCUGACUAAAAGGCAAACUCCUUGCUUAAGUUUUGAAAUAGAACUGCCGUCGCUAGUCUCAACGUCUCGGACUGUGGUUCAUGACGUUCCAGUGUCUGUGAUACCGCGGAGGCUGUGGAAUAACUUUGCUCAACCAGCUGUAGAAGAAGGGGAUAUUGUCACCCACAUGCCAUCAUUAAAGGUGAUGAAAAACGUUGUGGACAAAAUGAAGAACCUGAGUUCGUACGCGACGUUGACCAUCUCUAGCGAUCAUGGGAUGACUGUAUCUGUUCAGACAGACAUGGUCACUGUGACUACACACUUCAAAGGACUGCAGUUUCCUGUCUCUGAUGAUGGGACCGCCUCCCAUGAUGGUGCUUAUGAAGCUCGCAUUGAUUUGCGCAAAUUGGUACCAGUACUUUUGGCACAGCAAUUGAACCCAAGGCAGGUCACAUGCAAAAUUGCACAUAAGAAGUUGUGCCACAUCACUUUCAACCAUGACCACGGUUCAUUGCAGUACUUACUACCAUGCGUGUAUAGCUAGGUAAAGCAAAAACUAUUGCUUUUCUGUCACGUGCUACUGCAGCGUUUUUCCAGCUAUUUACACAUCCCAAUUCACGAGUGCUUGAUGCGGAGUUUUGUGCAUAGUAGUAUAAACGCUAGCACUAAAGUUGGAUGGUCUUUGACACAGGCAGUGUUCUUCAGAAUGUGUCGAUGCAAUGUUUGAUGGCUCUGUUAUACAGGCAUGCUAAGCACAGUUAAGCUGGGCCCCGGUUAUAGAAUACCACAACUAUUACAGUGCAUAUCAAGUAAUUUCUGUACAUUAUCACACAAGAAACCUAACUGCGGCAUAAUGACUGCAGUUAGGUUUCUAGUAUAAUUGAAUGUAAAUAUAUAUGGAUAUGUUGUAACCAAUGGUUGUGAGACCAUUGUGAGUGUGCCUGUUUAUCUGCUGUGGUAUGUUUGUUGACAAAGGAUGCCUGCAAUACUUCAGAUAAGACAUUAUAUACAUUUUUGCAGGAAUGCUGCAGGUGCUAUUUUUCAGUCGAAUACUACUUGGGGGCCAUUAGGGUUUUAGGAAUGCAGUGCUAUUUAUUUCCAAGAAAUGUUUUUGCCCAUUUAGUGUCUGUGCUGGAGGAGUCUCGAGUCGCAUUUACAGUGAUAAUGCCACCACAAUACUAAUGCCUCACAAACUCAUUUUCUAGCCAUCAUUGCUACAGUUAGAUUUUUUUCAAAUUUUUAGUGAUUUAUUUUGACAAAUAUUUGGAAUCUACCGAUUUUUGGUAACUCAGAAAAUACUUUUGGAAAAUUGUAUCUAAGACUUUUUACUUUUUCUAUACUACUUCCUACGGAAUUCAUUAUUUUUUAAUGGCAAACCAGUGCUACAGCACAAGCAGUGAUAUGUGCUUUUUUCAUAUUUAAGCUUAAGAAUGUAGACUGAAAUGAACAGAGAACUUAAAAAACAGCUGGUGUUGUCUGAGGCCCUUCCAGAACUCGUACGAGGGUUGGAACAUGACCUUUUCUUAUAGAGAGUUAUGGUGUACGCGAUCCCCUUCGCGGUUUUUUGAACUACACAUGGUGCCAAGAAUUUUGGAGGCUGUUGUAUUGCACUACUGCUUUGCAGUUAACACUCCAUAGAAAUAAUAAGAAUUUGAUACAUGCUGGCGUGAGCUUUAUUUAAUAUGUACCUUGUUUGUUGGCAUAGAAGCAUAUGCUCAUAUUUUGUUUCUGUUGACCUACCUGACCACCCUGCCCAAUGCAAUUUUUUCUUUUCAACUUGUCACAAACAUGGUUUUUCUUAAAUUCUUCCUUAA